AUGUCGCCGCCGUCGCUGCCGCCGUCGUCUUCCGAGGAGGAGGCGUCCCGCGGCAAGCCCGGUUCGGCGAGCGCGAUGGCCCCCGGCAGGUCCACCUCGGCGAGCGCGGCGGCCCGCGGGGAGUCCGGUUCGGCGGGCGCGAGGGCCCCCGGCAAGUCCGGUGCGGCGGGUGCGGUGGCCUCCGGCAAGUCGGUCUGGGCCGAGAUGGGCGUGGCGCCCUUCCAGGACGGGCAGUACGUGCGGCUCCGCAACCGCGGCCGCGGCGGUUACCUCUGCGCCGACGAGACGGGGCGGGGCGUCUCCAUCGACCGCCGCCGCGAGAUGGUCAACACGGCGUGGGUCGCGCAGGUCCUGGAGACCGACACCAACUACUUCGUCCUGCUCCGCGGCGCCUACGGCCGCCACCUCGCCGUCACGCGCGCCGAGGCGGGGCCCGGCCACGUCGGCUUCGACGCCGCCCAGUGCGCCUUCGACGAGCCGGAGGACUCCCACGUCAUGUGGUGGACCACCCCGGGGAAGAACGGCAGCGUCGUGCUGCUCCAUGGCACGUCGGCCAGGCUCAGAGCGCUCCGGGCCAACGGUCGGUACCGCCGGUGGCACAGGCGCGUCAUCGUCGAGGCCAUCAACCGCUCCCGCGUCACUUCGAUGAUGGAGUGGGAGGUUCAGGUCAUCCCCAUGAGGGUGGAGAGGCCACCGUACCAGCUGCGACCAGGAGGCCCCGAUAUUCCAUGGCACCAAGGCUCUGAAGAGACUGUGCAAGUCAAUUGCGUCGUGGCAGAUGAUAACGGGAGCACGGAUGAGCAGGGCAGGGGAGCUCUCACGCUCCAUGGCAGGAGUCUGAUGGGGCUGGGCAAUGAACUGGCGCAGCGGUUGGGCAACGGCCUCAACUUCCAGGACAUCACUCUCUGCAUUCAGGCAGGCAACCUUGCGCAGCCCACCGUUCUGCUCACCGACCUGCCCCAUAGAGACGACCCCGUUGACAUCGUGGUGUUCAGAGUUGGCACACCAGGACAUGACCGACUGCUGUUUCCAGAUCUUGAUGCUGAAUAG